AUGUGUGUAUGUGGUAUGUGUGCACGUGCGCACAAACGUAUCAAUGACUUGUGCGUGUGUUCUAGCGUCGUGUCGAGCAAUCCAGAGGAACGGCGUUCAAAAGAUUGAAACAUUCAAGCAAAAAAAAAAACAACAAACAAAGAAAAAACAAUUAGGAGCAUCAAACGACGAGGGAGAAAGCAAAACAAAAAGGACAUUAAAAAUAAUGGGAAACACUUUGAAAUCCAGUAUCAUGGUCCUCUCCGUCCUUCUUGCUGUCUUGUUACAAAUCAUAUCGUUGGUAUUACCGUACUGGGAGAAGAUCGGCAAUAAUUACGCAGGACUCUGGAUUAUUUGUGACGAAGUAGAAUGUCAUACUAAAAGCAAAGGCUUAGCUCAUUUGACAGCUUUCCAGUUCUUGGAAGUCACUGGGAUGUUCCUGGCAGCCAUUGCUUGUGCCGUUUUGUCCUUGGGUAGUUACAACUUUAUUUCAAUAGAAAAAUUGAUUUUAAUUCUUGUAACUCUUUUCAUUUUGGCAGGCUCUGCCAUAACGGUGGGAAUGUUCAUACACGGCGUGAAUGUAUUACAUUUGCAUUUCUGCUAUAUCAUCUCAUCAACUGGGGCUGCAUUUUUCUUCUUUCUUGCAGGGGUCAUCAUAUCGUACAACAGUUUCUGACAACCCUGAUUCUCCCCUAAUCUACAAAAUACACACACACACACACAUGCACAUAUACAUAUACACACGUGUGUGCACAUGCACAUGCUGUUGAUAAUAUCAAACCCACCCUUAAUAAUAAUAAUAAUAAUAAUAAUAAUAAUAAGGGAAAAAGAAAAGCAAUAAAAGAAUGACAUUUUGUCCUUGAGCAGGGAUCUGAAAGGAUUCCAAAUUUUCCUCUUCCUUAAUCAAGUGUUUUAACCACCCCAGCCCCUUGGGUGCUCAGAUUCCUGACUAUGCCACAAGUUAUAUAUAUAUAUGUGUGUGUGUAUAUAUAAACAUGAAGGAAGCGCAAUGAAUGACUUUCGUGCAAUAAAAGAUAAAAAUGAAAAUUAAUAAAAUAAACAUACAAAUAAUGACAAAUUAA